CCCCUCGCAACAUUCCAUAAUUUCAUGCCCCACAAAUCUUUCAAUCCCUCAAUCUCCGCACAUCAUCACGCCCACAAAAAGCAAAACCAAAAACCCCUCCCUAAUCUAUGCAUAUAAAGUCAUCCAUCCCACCAAAUCUGUGAACCAAACAAGGAACUAACCAAAUCACCAUUGUUUUCUUUUUUCUCCGGCCACUUCAACUCUGUUCUCCGCCAUGGCUAAUCUCGCCGGAGCUUUUGCUAUUCUAGUUUUGGCGGUCAUCACUUCUUGUUUGUUCCAAACGGAAGCCACUAGACCCGGCCAAUUCAUUACCAUUACUUCAUCUCCGGCGCCGGCGCCGACCACCAGCGAAAUAAGCUUCCCACCGGCGUCGGUGUCAACCCCGGCUUCAGCCCCCGGACCCGCCAUUGGCGACAUUAGUUUCCCUUCCCCACCUGCGCCGGCUCCGAUUUCAGCGCCGGAAAUUGGUUUUCCAGUGGAUUCAGCACCGGCGCCUGGACCGGCCAUCGGCGACGACGUAUCGCCGUCGCCGAUGGAAAGCGACACCGGGUACGGGCUUUAUGGAUUCCAGAAGAAGGAGAAUCCGUCCAGGACGACGGAGAAUUCUUUCAACUACAAUUUCAACAACAACAACAAUGGCGGAUACUCUCAGAGGCAUUUUGACAAACACAACGGCUACACCGUCCCCGAGAGACAAGGAAUGAGCGACACCAGGUUCAUGGACAACGGCAAGUACUACUACCACGUCAACGACAACAACCUCGACAACUACAACAACAACAACAAUGGCGGCUACUCUCAGAGGCAUUUUGACAAACACAACGGCUACAACAUCCCCGAGAGACAAGGAAUGAGCGACACCAAGUUCAUGGACAACGGCAAGUACUACUACGACGUUAACGACAAUAACCUCGACAACUACAACAACAACAACAAUGGCGGCUACUCCGAGAGGCAAGGCGUGAGUGACGCCAAUGGCAAGUACUACUAUGACGUCAGCAACAAUGGCUACUCAGAGAAGUACUACUAUAACAAGGGCAACAAUGGGUACAACAUGCCGGAGAGACAAGGAAUGAGUGAUACCAGGUUCAUGGAUAACGGCUACGAUGUUAACAACGAGAAUAACCGUGGAAAUGGGUAUGAGGCGAUGAAGGAGAAUGAAGGGUACAACGGGAACUUCAAGUACGAGUUCGAUUCCAUGGAGGAAUAUGAUAAACAUCAUGGAUAUCCCAAAACCCAAACCUGGGAAGAUCAACCUUGAAUUGCUCAACUCCAAGAUUGAUUUUUGAUAUGAUAAUGGUGGUUUGUAUUCCAUCUGAGUUUGGAUUUGUGUUAGCCUUAUUUGCUAAGCAAACCGAUGGGACAAUUAAUCAUGUGAUUUUAAUUUGUCAUGUUGGGGUUUAGGUUUAUUUAAUUUAUACUGCUUGAGAAUUAAAGUCGGUUGAUGCCACUUAGCUUGAUAACAAUGUUCAAGAUUUUUAAUUAUAAUAUUAAGUGAUCAUUUUAUACAA